AUGAGUGUUGUAUUAAGCGUAGAAUUAUUUAGUGAUGCAUUAUUUGGUUUGAUAAAACUGAAAAAAGAAGGAAAAACGUUACCAAAUAGAAAUAAAAAGACUAAUGUACAAAAUUAUGUACUAAGAGGUGUGUUUAAUAAAAUAAAAUAUCCAUCAACAGAUACAAAAAAAGAUAUUGGGACACUGUUAAAUUUAAGUCUUAAAUCGAUUAAUGUUUGGUUUCAGAAUGAAAGACAAACAAUAAGAUGUAACAAAAAUAAUAGAUCUAGAAGUAUUGAAGUUGAUUCUAAGUUAAUAUUAGAAUUGUAUUUUAAAGCCUUGGAGCUUUAUAAUAUUUGA